AUGCCAGCAAAGCAUUUUCACAGCCUUGUGUUAAAAUCCUGUUGCACAAGAGGAAGAGUAACUGUUUUUCUCCUUAUUGCAGCUGGAGCACUCGUGUGUCAAACCUGCACCAAUACACAGUGUUCAACCCAGGCAGCUGUGACAUGUACUACAGAGACGAUGUGUGUAACAGCUAAUAUUCAAGCCACUUCAUCUGGAGUGACGGUGCCACAGAUCUUCAAGGGAUGUGCAUCUCCCUCACUGUGUCCAGCCACAGGCUCUCAGACAUUUUCAGUCAACCUGGGUGCUUCCAGUGCAGUUACAUCUGCUGAGUGCUGCAACACAGAUAACUGUAACACAGCAACUUUACCUGCUCCUGCGACUCCGACAGCCAACAGCCUACAGUGUUUCUAUUGUACCGACCAACUAUGCAACACUCCGUUGACAUGCAGGGGAAACGAGGACCGAUGCUUUCAAGCGAGUUGUGAGUCUUUAAGAUACAGUAAAACACAGAUUGUUUAAAUAAAUGUUGCUGCAUGAAUGUUUUUCAAAGAAGUCACUAUCUGUAAAUGCUAGAAAAUCAACAAAUUGAGGAACAUUAUUAAAUAUAGUAACUAAAGCACUGAAUUUAUGUAUGAUGUUGCAGUACUUGAAUAUAUACGUCUGAGGCAAGUGUACAUUUCACUGUUCAAAACUAAUAAAAAACCUAUUGUGACUUAGACGAUUCAAUAAAAAUCAAAUGUAGACAAUUUUUCAAAAUGCUCACAUUUAAUUUAAGAAUUAAAUUUGGCUCCACUUAGUGAAAAAAUAAUAAUCAUGUGAAACUAAUUGUCCUUAAGAUUAAGUUUGUUAAUUUUUUUCCUUUAUUGAUUCUAAUGUUUUUUCUACUACAAGUGAAGAAUCUCAAUAGUUCUUCCUGAAAUCAUUAACAAACAACAUUGUGCUUCAAGACUGUGAUUUAAAAAUUAUUUUUUUUUAUCUGCAGUGACUAAUUCAGGCACCACUUCUCCAGCCUUUGGGUGUACAUCUUCAAACGUAUGUGUAGCUGCUCCAGUCCUGGGUAGCCUACCUUUCAUGGGAAGUGUUGGGACACUCAGCAGUGGCCCAGCCUGCUGUGGGACCAGUUUGUGUAAUACUAUCAUGGCAACAACAACAACUGCUGCCCCCACAACCACAACAACCGCUGCCCCGACAACCACGACAACUGCUUCCCCUACAACGACAACAACAGCUGCCCCGACCACCACAACAACUGCUGCC